CUUGUUCAUUUCAAACCACACAACAGGUCACACACACUCAUCCCCAAGCACUCCACUCUCCAUCCCAGAUUCCACAUGCCUUGCCCAACUUGACCAGUUCUCUGGAGCAAAGCACCAUAGCUCAACCUUGCCAUAGCCAUGAAGUUGACCGUGAUAAAAUCCAAGGGCAUGGCCCUCAUCACCCUGGGGUACCACAUCCUGGCCGAGUACCAUCUGGUGCAGGAGCAGCUGAAGAACAUCUAUGCUAUUCCCAGCUUCAACAAUGGACUCCGCUGGUUCGGCGUGCUCUUCGUGCAUAGUGGCAUCUAUGCGGGCAGCGUGUUCCGUUUCUCCAUUCUGCUGCCCGAAAACUUUCCGGAUGACACCGCCCUGCCCACAGUGGUCUUCUCCAUGCCCAUCCUUCAUCCGCAUAUCUGUCCGCAGUCCAAGGUUCUGGAUCUUACGCCCGGUUUUAAGAAGUGGAAUAGGGAUCAGCAUCACAUUUGGCAUCUGCUCCGUUACAUUCAGGCCAUCUUCGCCGAUCCUGAGAGCAUCUUAAUUGAGGGUCCCCAGUUGGACGUGGUCCUCAACAUGGAGGCCCUGGAUAUGCUAACCAAUAACCGUCUGGAGUACUUGCAACUGGCCCAGGAACAGGCCAUAUCCUCACAGGGUCACAUGUACGAUCGACCGGAGACGGAUGAUCCACACUAUAUUGUCAUGGAACCGUACCGUGCGGAUCGUCACCUCAAGUUUAUGAAAGAGCUGGAUAGUGCUAGCUGGUGGGAGGCCACCCGCAUAGACAGCUCCAUGCCGGCCGAGUAUCUGGGCCAAAUUGAAGACACCACCAGGGAGCUGGACGAGGAGGAAGGCAGUCAGCGGGUGAAGUCCCUAAACGGGGCAAAGUAGGAGGCUUCGCUUAAGGCGGCUGUGGAAACUUGGAUGAGGAACGGAAACAGGAUAUCAAUACUAUACUCAAGCAGUUUUAAUAAAUUUGGACGUACUACUAAUAAACUUGUACAACUAAUAAACAUUUUAAAAAUAAAUAUAAAUAUGUAAAACAA